AUGGCGACAAUGAGAGCGCGGCACAAGAUUCGAGCUCCUCGAAGGGGUUUCGCUUCUGCACAGAAAACAGACGAUUUCGACUCCAUUUGGACGGUGCUUUCCUCUUCACUCACCGAGAUCAACACGAAAAAUGCCUCGGCUCUCUCCUUCGAGGAGCUUUAUCGGAAUGCCUACAAGAUCGUGUUGAUGAUGCGGGGCGAGGAGCUUUAUGAGAAGGUCAAGACGCUUGAGCAAGAGUGGCUGCAAAAUGAGGUCCAGAAACGGAUCACCGGUUCAAUAUCCUCGAGUCUCAUCCGGUCCCAGAAGUCGGUGGAUGUACAGGAUCAAGCAAAUGAGCGGCGGGCGGCGGGGGAAAAGUUCCUGGCAGUGCUGAAGGGGGCCUGGGAGGAUCACCAACUCUGUAUGGGCAUGAUCACGGAUGUUUUGAUGUAUAUGGACCGGAUCGUCUCUGGAGACCACACGAAACCCUCGAUUUAUGUCGCAGCCAUGGCGUUGUUCCGCGACCAUGUGCUCCGGGCCGCUGUGUCCUCUGAUACCCAGACGAGCGUCGCAAACGUGCUCGAGUCCACCGUUCUGUUUAUGAUCCAACUAGAACGGGCCGGCCAUAUGAUCGAACGGCCACUCAUCCGACACUGUAUCCAAAUGCUCGAAGGCCUCUACGAAACCAUCACAGAGGAGGAAAGCUCAAAGCUUUACCUAACUAUCUUCGAGCCGGCGUUUCUCGAAACGAGCAAAGAAUUCUAUCAAGCCGAGGGACAGCGCUUGCUCGAGAUUGCCGACGCCACUACAUUUUGCCGUCUCGCCUCGCAACGGAUAGCUGAAGAGCAAGAGCGAUGCCGGUACACAUUAUCAGCCAUCACAGAACAAAAGAUUUUGGACUUGGUGGAUGAGGAGCUGAUCCGCAAGAAUAUCGAGGAAGUCGUCAACCUGGAAGGGACGGGGGUCCGGCAAAUGCUGGAUCACAACCAAAUCGACGGGUUGCGGAACGUCUACGAGCUCAAUGCGAGAGUCGACAAGAAGAAGGAGGCUUUGACAAAACAAGUGUAUAGGCGGAUCGUGGAACUGGGGAGAGAAAUCAACGCUUCCACGAUCUUGGCAGUUCAGGCGCCGGCGCUGUCGACCGGUGAAAAGGAUGCCGCUAGUGACGAGAAAAAGUCGGAGAAGGGCAAGGAGAAAGAAAAGCCUGCUGUGAACCAGCAAACUGUGAUUGCUAUUCGGUGGGUUGACGACAUUCUGGCCCUUAAGCGCCAAUUCGACAAGGUCUGGGAAAAAGCCUUCCUGUCCGACCAGGGUCUACAGAGUUCGAUCAUGACCAGCUUCUCCGAGUUCAUCAAUAUGAAUCCCCGUUGCUCGGAGUACCUCUCUCUUUUCUUCGACGAGAACCUGAAAAAGGGCAUCAAGGGGAAGACUGAGAGCGAAGUGGAUACACUCCUGGACAAUGGCAUCACGAUGCUUCGAUACAUCAAGGACAAGGAUCUGUUUGAAACUUACUAUAAGAAACACUUGUCUCGCCGUCUCUUGAUGAAGCGGUCUGCCAGCAUGGACGCCGAGCGCCAGAUGAUCUCUAAGAUGAAGAUGGAAGUCGGCAACCAGUUCACACAGCGUAUCGAAGCGAUGUUCAAGGACAUGACCAUCUCCGGGGAUUUGACCAACAGCUACAAGGAGCACAUUGCGCGCAGCGGGGACCCAGACCAGAAGCGCGUGGAUCUGGAGAUUAAUGUGCUCACCAGCACCAUGUGGCCGAUGGAGAUCAUGCCUGCCACCAAGGAGGGCACGGUGCAGCUGCCAUGCAUCUUCCCACGGGAGAUCGAUAGCCUCAAGCAGAGCUUCGAGAAAUUCUAUCUGGACAAACACAAUGGGCGCAAGCUCUCCUGGCAGGCGAGCAUGGGCACGGCGGAUAUCCGCGCCUCCUUCCAACGAUCCAAUGGCAAGGUGCAGCGCUACGAGCUCAAUGUCUCCACCUACGCGCUGAUCAUUUUGAUGUUGUUCAAUGACGUGCCGGGCGGGGAGUCUCUCACCUACGAGGAUAUCCAGACCCAGACGCGCAUUCCCGAUCACGACCUCAUCCGCAACCUGCAGUCCCUGGCCGUGGCGCCCAAGACACGGGUGCUGAAGAAAGAACCCAUGAGCAAGGACGUCAAGCCCACGGACCGCUUCUUCUUCAACAACGACUUCCAAAGCCCCUUCGUCAAAGUCCGCAUCGGCGUGGUCAGCGGCGGCGCCAACAAAGUGGAAAGCCUCGACCAGCGGAAGGAAACGGAGAAGAAGAUGAACGACGAACGCGGCGGCAGCAUUGAGGCUGCUAUUGUCCGCAUCAUGAAACAACGCAAAACCCUCAUCCACUCCCAGCUCAUGACAGAAGUGCUCUCCCAACUAUCGUCCCGUUUCGUUCCGGAUGUCAACAUGGUCAAACGUCGUAUCGAAAGUCUUAUUGACCGCGAAUACCUCGAGCGUGUGUCCGAGGAACCUCCUACAUACGGAUACGUUGCGUGA